GCGUUUUAUGUGUUCCGUACAAUUAUCAUUUGAAAACAUAACUAUUGUAACUGGUUAUUCGAACUAACGAACCCUACGGAGAACUUAUAAGGGCGGUCAGUGAUAAAAUCGACAAGUUCGCAAAAUGCAUCGUUCACGGACUGUGCGCCAGUUAUUCAUUUUAAGUGGCCUCACAAUAUGCAGUAUAUCGGAUGGUUUUAUUUUCGGACAAAUGUCAGGAAUGGUGGACGAUUUGCGCGGGAAAGAAAACGGACUAUCGCUGAAUGAUGACGAUGUAUCAUGGAUAGCUUCAACUGUCAAUGCAACAUGCAUUGUAGGUUUUAUGUUAGCGGGAGUGGUAACGGAAAAAGUUGGGAGACGCCGAGCCAUCGCGUUCCUCAGUGUGCCCAUGAUUUUGACAUGGAUUAUGGUGUACUUUGCAAGUAAUUUCGCGACUUUUAUCGCAUCAAGAGUAAUCUUGGGCAUCAGCUAUGGAGGCGUGAUUCUAUUAACUUACGUAACGACUGCAGAAUACACGACAAUAAAACAAAGAGCCGUCUUUUUAACUAUUGUAACGGCUGUUGGUCCUUCGGUAGGUACAUCUGUAGGUCAUAUAUUAUCUAUUCUAAUGCAUUGGAGAACCGUUGCAUUAAUAGGCAUCAUUCCCACUGCAUUAUCGACCAUAUUACCUUUGUUUUGGGUGGAAAGUCCAUCGUGGUUAGCCUCCAGGGGACGGUUUGACGAAUGUGUGACUGCAUACAGAGAACUUCAUGGUCGCAAAGAGGUUACUGAAGUAGAAUUGAGAUUACUUGUUAAUUUCGAGAAAACAAAGCAAAAUGAUUUUACACCGAACAAAACAUUCUACUUGUCAGUAUUGGAGAAAAUAACAUCGGCGUUUAAGCAUUUAUAUUUUUGGAAGAUUACUUUGCUUGUAGCAGUUAUAUGUGUGUAUAGAGUGGCGGGAGGCAGGGUAUUGUACAACACUUUAGCAAUUACUAUGUUACAAGAAAUAACUGGGAAUCCCAACAUUUUAUUAUUUACUUUACUGGUCGAUGGAUUUAUUGUAACCGGGUCUAUUUUACCUUUGUAUCUCUUUAGAAAAAUGAAGACGAGAACCCUUUUAUUUUCAUUUGGGUUAACUUCUAAUUUCGCGCUAAUAGUGUUGAGUGCAUGCCUUUAUUAUAUUCCAAGAGAUAAUGUGUAUUUCGCAUGGGUUUGUUCCUCUCUUCUAGCGUUUUAUUUCAUAAUAGCAUAUGCUGGUCCUUACGCAGUGCUAGAAUUAUUGCUCGCCGAACUUUAUCCACUCGAACUUAAAUCUUUUUGUACUUUUUUCUUCGGUACAUUUGCUGGUUUUGCAACAUUUCUAAGUGUGAAAUUAGCUCCUAGAAUGUUUGCCUGUAUGGGUUAUCAUGGAGUGUUUUUAUUAAAUUCUUCAAUUGUAUUUUUAUGUUUGGGAUAUCUAUGGUUUUAUCUACCGGAAACAAAGGGUAGAACUUUGCAGGAAAUAGAGUUGUAUUUUAGAAAUGGUGAAUUUGAUAAUGAGACAGAUUUGAAAAUAGAACAAAAUGAAUGUGAUGAUCUUGUAGCUUAACCGUUUUUUUUUAUAUAAUGAAAGUGGCAAACGAGCGGCAACAUCACCGAGGGGUUCAACGACGCCCAUGGACAUCCGUAACACCACAGGAACUACAGAUAAGUUGCUGGCCGUUGAGGAAGUGAUAGGCUCGCUUCUUGUAGGACCCUAAGUCGUAUUGGUUUAGAAAUACAGCCGAGGACAGACCGUUCCACAAUGCGGCUGUGCGGGGCAGAAAGGUAUUAUGCUUCUUUGUAAUUCAUUUUGAAAUUAUUAGCGUAUAUAGCGUUAGAGCGUAUUGUAAGCGAAGUGUUAAAACAAGCAUACAAACACUCGAAAACCAUUAUCCUGUUUACCAGUCGGGUAAUGAUAAUAUAACCAGAUUUUAGCUAUCAACAAGUUAUGUAAAGAAA